GGUCUUCCAUUUUCUUUGGUCAUCGUCGCAUAUGAUUGCGUUCUUGUUCCCUAACGUUCCUUAUCGAUCUUGCGUUUUCAGUAAAUUGUUAAACGUUUAAAUCGUAUGCGAGCGUUCGUUAGUCUGUACGUUAUACACAAUAUCCUCAUAGAGUUUUCAAUUCGACCACCGUAUUUUAAAUUAUCGAGUGCUAAUGCGUGGUAUUUCAGAAAGCUCACCGACUCGCGCAAUGGCGGAGGAUUUGGAUGUCGAGGCAAUGCUGGAGGCGCCAUAUAAGAAGGGGGAGCAGGACUCCUCAUCCAAAGACAAAUCCUCCAAGGAGAAUGGGUCUAGCCGUAAAUCAUCUGGGAAGAGCAAGCAUCGUUCUCGUUCCCGCUCUCGAUCACGGGACCGUCGGGAGAAAGAUCGUCGCGAUCGCGACCGAGAUCGAGACAGAGAUCGAGAUCGUGACAGAGAUAGAGAGCGCGAUCGUGAUCGCGAUCGUGACCGUCGACGUAGAUCAAGAUCAAGAGAUCGGAGAGACCGCGAUAGAGACAGGGAUAACAGCGAUAGAGAUAGGGAUCGACGGGAUAGAGACCGAGAUCGAGACAGAAGAAGGAAGCGAUCCCUCACACCAAUUACACUUCCCAGAGCAAGACUACCAUUUGGAAAGGGUGUUAGUCCCCUUGGCAUCAGAAAUGAUGAGCUAACACCAGAGGAACGGGACGCCAGAACGGUGUUCUGUAUGCAAUUAAGUCAGCGUAUACGUGCUCGAGAUUUGGAAGAAUUCUUUUCGAGUGUUGGCAAAGUUCAAGAUGUCCGACUUAUCACAUGCAACAAAACAAGAAGAUUUAAGGGUAUAGCAUAUGUAGAGUUCAAGGAUCCUGAAAGUGUGACAUUGGCACUUGGUUUGUCGGGUCAGAAGCUUCUCGGUGUUCCCAUAGUAGUACAACACACUCAAGCUGAAAAGAAUCGCAUGGGUAAUUCCAUGCCAAAUCUAAUGCCAAAAGGACAGACCGGACCUAUGAGGUUAUAUGUUGGAUCUCUACAUUUUAAUAUUACAGAAGAUAUGCUUCGCGGUAUUUUCGAACCGUUUGGAAAAAUUGAUAACAUUCAACUGAUCAUGGAUCCAGAAACCGGUCGAAGCAAAGGCUAUGGAUUCUUGACUUUUAGAAAUGCUGAUGAUGCAAAAAAAGCUUUGGAACAAUUGAAUGGCUUUGAACUUGCUGGAAGACCUAUGAAAGUCGGUAAUGUUACAGAACGUACAGACUUAAUACAGGGUCCAUCUCUUCUUGACACAGACGAAUUAGAUCGAAGUGGUAUCGAUCUUGGUGCUACUGGAAGGUUACAGCUAAUGUUCAAAUUAGCAGAGGGAACUGGACUUGAAAUUCCCCCUGCAGCUGCAAAUGCACUAAAUAUGGCUCCAGUUAUGUCAACACCACAACCACCUCCACAAGCUGCUCCUCCUAUAGCGACACAGUGCUUUAUGUUAUCUAAUAUGUUCGACCCACAAAAUGAGACAAAUCCGAAUUGGGCCAAAGAAAUUCGUGAUGAUGUUAUCGAGGAAUGCAACAAACACGGUGGUGUAUUACAUGUGUACGUGGACCAAGCCUCACCUCAGGGUAAUGUUUACGUUAAGUGCCCGUCAAUAGCGACAGCAGUUGCGGCUGUCAAUUCGUUGCAUGGUAGAUGGUUUGCUGGUCGAGUAAUUACAGCCGCUUAUGUGCCAGUUGUAAAUUAUCACUCACUAUUCCCGGACGCGAUGACGGCUUUACAAUUACUAGUUCCAAGUGCUCCACGAAGGGGAAUGUGAUCUUAAGCAGUGCGCAAACGCCAAUUACAAAUAUGUAAAUUCUAGUAUUACAUCUUUUCUUAAUGGUAACCGAAAGAAAAUUUUUGUUAUUGUAACAGAUUCGUUUAAGUGUCGUUUCAAGCCAUACAGGUAUUAUUAUCAAUCAUAAAACACAUCUGCGUGAUACUUUCAUACGUUCAUAAAGAUAACUACCUUUGUAAAGAGCUCUCAUUCGAUAUUAGGGAUUUUGACCAAUUAGUACACGCUGAAAAAUUGUCCGAUACAUCUCUAGAUGCUCUAUUAGAGUACGAGAGUGAAAUUACCCUUCAAAUAAUUGUUCAUCAAUAUCAUAUGUGUACAAUGAUUUAAGAGUAUUUACGUACAUUCACGUAUCGAAUUAUAUUUUAACAAAUUUAGUGUAACAUGAUAUCGAAAAAUUUCAUUGCCUUAUUUGUUAAAUAUGUUAUGUAAUAGAUCCUCACUUAAGUACUCUUUUUUAUUACCUGUAGUAACUACACAGUUAAACAACUUUCGACGCUUUACCUACUAGAGUAAACUUAAAUUUUAAGUAAAUUUUGAAAAAAGUGGAAAGAUUAAUAGAUUGUAAUUCCAGUGCAAAGGCGUUGGAGGUGGUAAUAUAUACAUACAUAAAAAAAAUAUAUAUCUAUACACGCCUUUCUUUAAAAUUUUCCGGUCAUUAAAAAGAUCAUUAAAAUGUACACAGCACACGUUCUUUAUACAAAACCAAGUAGGCGGUGUUAUAUUAACGGAACGAAUAGAAAAGUUUUUUUAGGCAGAGGUCUGCAGGUAAUGAAUUUCUUUAACAGUAUAUUGCUUUUAAUAUAUCUUACUAAAAGCAAUAGUACAAUAAGUAUUAUUUCUAAUAUUUUUGAAAGCAUAAAAAGAUCGGAAAAUUAAAGAUUGAGGUACUAAUUUAUACAAUAGUUUUUCAUAUAUCUAUUUAAUUAUAUAUAAUGACCUUCCGAAUCAUAGAGUAAUUUAAUAGUUAGCCGAAUUUUUAACAUUGUACUAUCUAAAAAAAUAAAUCACGAACUAGUAUUUUUCGUUGUGAAUGAAUAAUUAAUAUUACGUCAAAUUACUUUAAGUCAAUGAGAUGAGAUGAAAGAUUCUAUUUAGAUAUAAAAUUUUAGCAUUGUGAAACUUACGGAGUAUUAUAAAAUUGUUUUUUCAAAGCUUAUUAUAACUGUUAUAUGUAAUUAGAUAGAGGAUAAAAAAAACAGACUUUAUUUACCCUGCAGUCCUCUGAUAGCUUAAAAAAUCCAUUAUAAUAUAAUCUAUGUAAAAAAUUUUGUAAAUUAUCACCGUUCAUUCAUAUAUGUAGUGAUACUACUGCUAUUUCAUAUUAAAAUAUGAAUGUACACUUUGGUAAUCAUAAAUUAAAAAAUUAAUGUGAUAGUACCAUAUGGAUGUGAAGUCCUCUUCUAGAAUACAAAUGUAAAUGCGCAAACAAUAUUUCUUUAACUUUAUUCGUUUAUAUAUGGAAUAAUUUAAGUAGAUUGUAGUAUACAUAAGGUUUUCAUUUCUUAUUUUAGAUUAGAAUACAAAGAUUAUUUUUUAACUAUUCGCUGUAUUGUAACUUCAAUUACAAAUACUAUUUUGAAAAACACUGAAAAGUAAUUUUAUUGUGUACGUUUUAUAAAAAUUCUACAAAAAGUUGAAAUUAUUUAAUAAAUGAAUAAUAACUGAAAA